AUGGAUUCUCCUGUAAGAUCCGCAGAAGAUUACGAAGACAAACAACAUAAGGCUGCUUAUAUCUUUGACCCUUUAGGAGACACUGACGACACAGCUCGUCCCGCCAAGCGGAGGAGAGUAUCCAAGAAAACAUACACCUCUGAAAGCUCAGACAAUGAGAUACCCAACUCGUUCCAGCAUCUUCUGGGAGGCGCUGAGUCAAAGUCGGCUGUUGAUUUGAGAGAGCAGACCUUCGAGGAGCUAUGGUCCGUCAUACAGUCUCGGAUUCAUGGUAUCCUCCGGGAGACAAACCAAUCUACUUUGCGGGAUGUCUUGCGGUUUUUACAGAACGCCCCUGACUACACACCAGCAGGGAAAAUUCCCUCGGCUUUCAUCAUCACCGGCCCGAAUAUAGCAUCUGUUGAUCUUUUGUUCGAGCAACUCUCCGAGACCUUGCAACAUGAAGCAGAUGCCUAUACAGUUCGCCUGCGUUCUGGCGAUGCCUCAAAUCUUAGAGCUGUGCUGCGAAAGAUCAUACACGACGUUGUUUCGAAGGGCUCAGUUGCUGAAGACGAGCUGAUUUCAACAACCGGCAAAGAUGGUCGCAAAUUCUUGAACUAUGACCUCGAGGGUCUAUAUUCACAUCUCAAGCUAACACCACAAAGAAGUCUUGUUGUCAUCGCUUUCCAAGACAGCGAGGCCUUCGAUAGUGGUCUGUUAUCAGAUCUAAUCUCGCUUCUAAUCUCUUGGCUUGACCGUAUACCAUUCGCCUUUCUCUUCGGAAUCGCUACCUCUGUCGAGUUGUUCGAAGCGCGACUCCUAAAAUCGACUUGCCAAAGUCUUUAUGGAGAUCAAUUCGACGUUGAGCAAACUGCCUCUAUCAUUGAUAAGAUCUUCAAAACUGCUAUUGCUCACUCUCAAACAAAAAUUCUACUGGGCCCUGGAUUUCUUAGUAGCCUAUUGGAGCGGCAACGUGAACAAGUAGCAAGCAUACCAGACUUUAUCAAGUCUCUAAAGUACGCAUACAUGUGUCAUUUCUAUUCCAACCCAUUGAGCUUCUUGGUACCUGAUGGGCUGAACUCAGGUGCCCUUCAACCCGAUCAUAUUGAGCUUCUACAGUGUUUGCCUUCUUUUCAGCGAGCUGUAGAAGCCGCUGUCAAAAACAACAACAUCGCUCAAGCUAGAAUACUCCUAGAGGACAAAACGGGGCUCGUCGAGUAUCUAGUAGACUGUCUUAGGCAACGGGAUCAAUGGAUCACUAGAUUACUCCGUGUCCUUAUUAUUCUUUCUACUAGCAAGGCCAUAACGGCUAGUUUUGCUGAUCUUUAUAUGGACAUCUCUUACAAUGGACUUGGCAUUUCAAAUCAGUAUGGCCAAUUCUUCGAUUCAAUAAAACGCAUGGAACCUUGUGAUAGCGAGGGAUACUUAAGUGGAUUGUUGGACACGGUGCAGCACGGCGAUGAAAGUCUUGGCCUGAAUCCCUGGAUAGAUGAUACACCAGCGAACUUUGCUCUGCUAUCCGAGAUUCUCGCCGGCAUUAAACAGUUGCGGAUCGACGCUAGUGAGAAGGGGCACGUUCUCCGCAGCCGAUACAGCCGCCAGGGCAAGAUUUUACGCACCACUGUUGUAGCUCAGAAGGUGCAGCUUAGUCAAGAUACGGCGACUCUUACAGACCACGAUAAAUCUUAUACCGACCUCAUCCACCGCCUGCUCGAGUACCUAGAGGCUACGUUGCGUCUUGACGGAGCGCCUGACAUACCUUUCAAUGAAGUCUGGCUUUACGACUCCAAAGCUCCCUAUAAAGACGUCUUCAUCCCCCGACCAAGAAAUGUGCUUGAACGAGCAUUAUCACGGCCGCAUGACUAUCUAGGCUGCUCUUGUUGCAAGACUAGCAUGAACCAGAUUACUUGUACUCUGCCGACAACUGCGAUACUGUAUCAGUUGUAUCUCGAGACUGGUUCGCUUGUCAAUGCUGCCGACCUUUGGUCAGCCUAUUAUGCAGUUGUGGGCGAGGAUACUGAAGAGGGGCUAGAUGAGCAAACUGCGCUUCUCUUGUUCUAUCGUGCACUGGCCGAAUUAAAGGCCAUGGGAUUCGUCAAGCAAAGUAGAAAAAAGGCCGACCACGUGGCCAAACUCGCUUGGAAAGGUCUUUGA